GCCUUUCCAGAUUGCUGACCCUCUGCAUGCAAACUAGUCGUUGUCGAUACAUGUGCGUUUGCAAUAUCGCAUAUUAAUUCAGCCCAAGUCCCGUUUCCGGUUUCCUGCCUGCUGGCUGCCCAACUCAAACACCACUUGCCUUUCUCACUCACUCGCAAACGCCCUCGACCGCACCCUGCUUAUAUUCGCCCGCUCCCCGCCCGUUUCCCUUGUGCCGUCCCACCGCCAUGAUGCAAACCAUGGAGCAAUCAGUCCCCGCCCCCAUACAAUAUGUAUCGCCGCCCACGCCGCCCGCCUCUAAUACCGGCUCGCCAUCCACAUCGUCGCCUGCUCUCGCCGACGCAAAGACUGCUCAAAUGACCAUUCCCGCCCACCACCACAUCCUCAUUGUCACCGGCCCUGCAGGCUGCGGCAAGAGCACCAUUGCCAAGCAUCUGUCCGAUCGAUAUGGCUUCGACUACAUUGAGGGUGAUGAGUUCCACCCAAAAGCAAACAUUGACAAGAUGGCCGCCGGCAUCCCUCUCAACGACGAAGAUCGCUGGGAUUGGCUCAUCCUGCUGCGCGACCAGGCCCUCACCGCUCUCAACAACGGCUCGCGUGGCGUCGUCGUGACCUGCAGCGCCCUCAAGAAAAAGUACCGCGACGUCAUCCGCACCGCCAGGCUGUACGACCAAGACCCGAAUGCCAACGUCCACUUUGUCUACCUCCGCUCCGACAUGGAGACACUGCUCUCGCGCGUCCGUGCCAGGCAAGGCCACUACAUGAAGGACGCCAUGGUCGCCAGCCAGUUUGCUGCCCUCGAGGAGCCCGACGAGACUGAAUGCAAGCAGCUCAAGGACGUGGAGAUUAUCGACGUCAAGGGAGGCAUCCACGACGUCCAGCAACUAGCCAGUGCUGCUGUUGACAGAAUUCUGGCACAAUAGCAUUCUACCCGCAAAGUCAGCCGGCUCUGAUGAUGUGUAAAACAAAAAAGAGGUUCCUUUUCUUUUUCUUGUUCGUCUCACCUGGCAUCGAUGUCAAUUCGAUUGCCCAGUAGCGCAGCGAGGGGUUCUCGGUUUUAUUUUUUUCAUUCUUGGGUAAAGGCGUAACAGUUUUAAUUAUACCCUUAUGACAUGGGCUGGUAACACUGCAUAUGCGGAGCUUUUUCGAGUCCACACGCAAUACACAUUCAUACAUCAUACUACAUACAUAACUACAUAUAUACAUACGUACAUUUACAAUAACACUAUUGGUCAUUU